AUGAGCUGGCGCUGCUCCUCGACCACAAACGAAGGCCUCGUCGCCAACCUUUGGCGCCACGGCCUCGUCAAGAGCCCUAUCGUGAAGGCGACUCUACAGAACGUCGAUAGGGCGCACUUCAGCCCCAUCAUGCCGUACGAGGACUCGCCACAGAGGAUUGGGUAUGAUGCUACUAUAUCUGCUCCGCAUAUACAUGCGAAUGCCGCAGAAGCUCUCCUCCCGCUCUUGGGGCCCGGAAAGAAAGUUCUUGACAUUGGCAGCGGCAGCGGAUACCUCACAGCCGUGCUUGCGCACCUAGUGUCCCCCGGUGGGCAAGUAGUCGGCAUCGACCACAUCCAGCAGCUCUGCGACAUGAGCAUCAACAACCUCCGUAAGGACCCCGUGCACGCGCAGAUGAUCGACGCCGGAAACAUCAAGAUCAUCAAGGGAGACGGACGGCUCGGGUGGGCCGAGGGUGGCCCAUAUGAUGCAAUCCAUGUUGGCGCCGCGGCGUCAGAGAUCCACCAGAGCUUGGUUGACCAGCUGAAUUCGCCUGGAAGGAUGUUUAUACCGGUCGAUAAUGGCUUCGUGGGACAGUAUAUCUGGGUGGUUGAUAAGGACAAGGACGGGAAGGUGACGAAGGAGAAGCAGUUUGGCGUGAUGUAUGUCCCGCUGACAGACGCAAAGGUGUAUAAGGAUGAGUUGUAG